GCUUCACUAUUGUCUCUUGGAUUGGGAAACGCGGUGCACUACUCCACCACGAUUUUACCUUUCUCCUAUAUCUUACAAGGGAAGGCCAGGCAAAAAUUUAUAUGUGAUUGUUUCAUCCUUUUUAAUAAAAAAAAUUAUUGCUUUGUAAGUUUUGACUUGACAGGUUCAAUUUCGGUUGUUUUUUUGACUUUGUUUACGUGUCGCUACGAAUCAAACGCUACUCAUGAGCAUCUUUAAUUAUUAACACCAUUGACUUUAAUACCUGAAUGUAUCCUAUCUGAGGUCUGCAAAUAUAUAUUACACAUGUCUACAUUUCGCAAAGUAUCUUGCUUUAAUCCAUCACACUGAUAUUGACUGGCCUUUUUUAAUCAUUUGAUUUUUCUACAUUUCUGAUCAAGUGUGUUACGAAUUUUGUGUAUAAUUUAAUUUAAACAUCAUGGACAGUUUUCCUUCAAAACCGCCUUCUCAGAAGCCUAAUCCUCCGCUUCAGAGAAAUAAUUACAAACUAAUAUACGACCCCGAGCUAGGCUUUAAAGAAUCAUUAGGAAAAAAACCAGUAUACCGGUUCAAUGGCGUUGCAAAACCUCCAUUGGUAGUUCGAGACCCGAGACACAAAAAUCCCCUCUAUUCGCGGGGGAUACCAAAAAGUGGGCGACCAUUUUUAAAAUCAUUGCAACAAGUCAGAUUCGAAUAUAACGAAGAUUCUUUAGGGCCUGAACCCCCUACUCAAAUAUUCGUCUAUAAUCUCUCUCCUCUUGUUACAGCAGACCAGCUUCGAUAUCACUUCAAAUCUUUCGGGGACAUAUCCCAAUUGGAUUUGCAAUUAAAUCCGUAUACUGGUACUUCAUUAGGCUUGUGCCGGAUUUCUUUUUCAAAACAUGAGUCAGUAUCGAAGGCUCAUUUGGCUGCUAAGCUUGCUGUCCAGCAAGCUAGUGGUCUCAAACUUUCCGGAAAGCAACUUAUGGUCGUUAUAGAUGAUGAUGGGUCGAAGUGUGAAGCUGCUCGCGACAAAGCGCUGCAAGUGAUUGAAGCCGAAUUUGCUGAAGAAUUAUACAAGCGAGAGCAACAAAUGAAAAAAGAAGAAAAAGAAAGAGAAGAAGAAAGAGAGAAAGAAAGGGAAAGAGAAAGAGAAAGAGAAAGAGAAGAGGAAAUGAAGGCUAUUCAUGAAACUUCAAAUGUGCCUCCGUGGAGACGAUCACAAAAGAACCAAAGUUAUAACAAACAGCAGAAUGGAAACUUUGAUUUUUCAAAUAAUAACUUAAAGACAAACGAUACUUCUGUUCCAAAAGAUAUCGAAAAUCUUAUAUAUAUUUUCAUCGACGAUAGAUUUGUUCCUCCCGAUCGCGUCUACUAUUCCGAUAUAAAACACCAUUUUCGAAAAUUUCGGUAUGAAGGUAUAUAUAUGAAUAGAGAUGGGUUUUAUAUUACUUUCAAUAGCUACCGCGAAGCUAGCAGUUGUUUUUGGACUCUCGACAAAACUUUCGUUCAAAAUUGUCGCAUAAAAUUGAAACUUCACGAUGCUCCUCAAUCGAAGAAGACGGAUCUGGCGCCUACUAAUAAGAAAAAAGAGUUACCGAAAGAGGAUGCUUGUACGACGGCGAUUUCUGUAAUCCUAAAAGACUUGGAAGAAGUAUUAGUACGAGACAUUAAAAACAAGAUUGCAGGACCAUGUAUUUUUCAGAUUUUGGAAUCAUUUCCAAAACCCGCACCUAUAAAAGAAGAAGAAAAAGGACCAAAAAUUUCGACUCUUGAGGUUCCUGAAUCACUGAAAACGGAAGCAAUAUCAACGUUGCCCCAUUUACCCAGAUUUAAAAAGCGAGCAGAUGCCCACAAAAUAAAACUGCCAACUGAGAGCAAAAUUAAAUCAAAAUUGCAAAGGAGACGAAGGAAAAAGAUUGAGGCCAGACCUUUGCAUUAUCAACUAAAUCAACAAACUUACGAUUCUUCUGAUUCCGAAUUUGAGCAAGAAGAGGCACUAGAUGAAGAAAAGGUUUUUGACGGUAAAUCUGAUGGCUUCAAGCCUAGUAAGGUUGAGGAAUCAACUCCCUUCCUCUCAGAAACAUCUGAGGAUGAAGAAUAUUUGGAAAAAUUUCAACGGACGCGCCCCAAGUCUCGUCUUCCUAGACGGAAAUCUGACAAGCUUGAUAUAGACUAUACCUCUUCUAGCGAAACUGAAUCGGAUGAAUUUGUUUCCCCUGCUGUUAUCUCAAAACCACCUUUUGAAAGAUACAAAAAGCAUGCUUUAGUGAAGGAACAGCAGGAUAUUUCCCUGCUAACGACUAAGCAUAAGGAGAAUGAGUUUAGUGAAGAUGGCGGUCUGUUUUAUGGUACGCUACCCUAUAAUUAUCCUGAGGAUGAUGUUUUGGUUGAUCUGGACGGAGUUCAAUAUUUGUUAAAAGACGAUCAAGAUCUUCAAUAUUUACGUGAAGCACUCGCUUCAGAGGAUGCCAAUGACAUUGGGGAUCCCAAUUAUUGGGCAUUUAGACGAAAAAUCUGUAAAUUCAGGAAUGGCGACGUUUCUGCUGAAGGUUCUCCUGUACUACCAGCUUCUGUUGGUUAUGAACGAAUCAAUUCAACUGGAUCUGCAAGAAGUGAGGGCUACUAUAUUAUACCCACUGCUGAAAAAUCCCAAUACUUACCUCUCCGUAAUCGCUCAACAGUGGAAGGUGCCAACCAAUCGACAAGUAGAGUUACCUCCAGAAUGCAUCGUGUUAAUAACCGUAGACUUGCAGCCGGGGUUGAAAAAUCAUUACUUCCAGCUGAAGCUGAUUUACUUCGUUUUAACGCAUUGAAAGCUCGUAAGAAACAACUCAACUUUGGUCCUAGUCGCAUUCAUACUCUCGGUCUCUUUGCGAUGGAAAAUAUUGACAAGAAUGACAUGGUUAUUGAAUAUGUGGGCGAAGUGAUUCGCCAGCGUAUUGCUGACAAUCGUGAAAAGAAUUACGUUCGGGAAGGUAUUGGUGACAGUUAUCUUUUCCGUAUUGACGAAGAUAUUAUCGUCGAUGCUACUAAAAAGGGAAAUAUUGCCAGGUUUAUUAACCAUUCUUGUGCUCCUAAUUGUAUUGCUCGAAUUAUUCGUGUAGAAGGAAAGAAAAAAAUUGUCAUUUAUGCUGAUAGGGAUAUCAUGCAAGGAGAGGAGUUAACUUAUGACUAUAAAUUCCCUGAGGAGGCUGAUAAAAUCCCGUGUUUGUGUGGUGCGCCUACCUGUCGUGGUUAUUUGAAUUAAUAGACCAGCUAUACUAUAGAAGAUAAUUUGCUUACGUUCUUUUUCUGCUAACGACAACGGAACUUUUGAUCGUGCUCCCUCAGAGAUCUAAUUUUAAUUGUUGAUAAUUUCACUUUAGAAGAUAAUGGAAUUUUUUUGGUUUAAAUUUAGCAUUUACAAUUAGUUUCAUAUAGCUUUUAUAUAUUUGUGCAACUUUUACUUAUCCAUUUGGCACAAUUUAGAACUACAUAAAUACAAAAGAUAAAAUAAAAAAUGAAAUCACAGU